CCAAAUUGCGCCCGCUCAAAGUCAACACAGUCGCGGAUUGUCCCUCGGCGAAUCCCCGCCGUCAUGGAUCCUCCUCGGGCUCGCGUCCAGCUGUCCGCCGGGUAAAAGCAACAAGUUUAUCGGACCACCGUAUCAUGGGAAUACCAGUUGGCCGGCGCACUCGCCCCGGUGGAUAAGUUUUCUUGAUGGAAAGCAUGUCACCGCAGCAACUGCAGCCGGGCGCCGCCAUGGGCCGGAGCGGCUCGGACUCUGUGGCCGGGAACAACGCGUCAUCCCCGGAUAGUAAAAAGAUGAAAACGCUGGCUCAGAGAAGGCAAUCCGCUCCCUCAUUGGUCAUCAGCAAAGCACUGACCAGGUCUAGAAGCACGUCCAGGGAGAGCUGCCUGACUCCGGUGAGUCCAGAGUCUUGCAAUCUGGUCCAGAGCUUCCUGAGCGAGUGUCCUGGCCAAGCGUUCCUGGGUCACGUUCAAGUCCAGAUGAAGAUGGGCCUGCAGACCCAGGACAGACAUCUCUUCCUCUUCACUGAGACGCUCAUCGUCACCAAGACCAAGUCUCCGUCUCACUUCAAGGUGAAAGCGCGGGUGCGCGUGUGCGAGAUGUGGACCGCCGCCUGCGUGGAGGAGGUAUGCGAAGGCAGCACCAGCCCGGAGAGGAGCUUCGUCCUGGGAUGGCCCACCUGCAACUACGUGGCCACGUUCAGCUCCGAGGAGCACAAAGAAAAGUGGCUGCUGCUCAUCAAAAGUCGCAUCAACGAGGGAAAGGAGAAGGAUGACCCCAAGACGGUCCCGCUCAAGAUAUUUGCCAAGGAUAUCGGAAACUGCGCUUAUGCCAAGACGCUUGCGGUCAACAACUCGGACGACACCGACGACGUCAUCAGCAUGGCGCUCACGCAGUUCGGCAUCGUCGGUUGCGUGAAGGACUACCGCUUGUGGGUGAGCUCCAGUAAGGACGAGCCGCCGUACCCUCUGAUUGGCCACGAGUUCCCGCUUAGCAUCAAGAUGAGUCACAUUCGAGACGGCGGCGGGAGUCGAGGAGAUGCGGGCGGUCCGUGUGACUGUCCUGAGGUUCAGCUGCUGGACCGGUGCCUACCUCCGGACACGCAGUGCCACUUCAUACUCAGACCCAGCAAAGUCACGCACGGCACCGAUGCGCUCGGAGAGAGUCCCCAGCCGAAGUCGUUCAAGCGUAAGCGCUCUCUGAUCAACUGGCCCUUCUGGAGGGGCUCCAGCAGUCAGCUGGAAAUUGCCACCCCCCCGCUCAGCCCCACCUCGCCCGGACCCGCCAUCCCCGGGCACCUCUUCGGGCGGCCGCUCGCUUCCGUCUGCUCCCACGACGCUGGCCUGCCCAAACCUGUCAUGGACAUGCUGGUGUUCCUGUACACGGAGGGUCCGUAUACCCGAGGGGUGUUCCGGCGCUCGGCGGGGGCCAAGGCCUGCCGGGAGUUGCGUGAGCGGCUGGAUGCCGGAACAGACGACGGCGAGAUCGCGCGCCAGUCCGUGUUUGUCGUUGCCGCCGUCCUCAAGGACUUCCUCCGCAGCAUCCCGGGCAGCCUGCUGUGCUCGGACUUUUACGACCAGUGGACGGGGGCCAUGGACAGUGAGGGUAGCGACGACGUGAUCGGCGAAGUCCACAGAUUACUGCGCCUGCUGCCCGCUGAGAAUCUUCUGCUCCUGCGCCACGUGGCCGCCGUGCUGUACCACAUUCAAGGUUACGCCCACGACAACCAGAUGAACGCCUUCAACCUGUCCGUCUGCAUUGCUCCCAGCAUGCUCUGGGCCCCCACGCCCGGGACCCCCGAGAUGGAAGGAGAAGGUGCCAAGAAGGUGUGCGAGCUGGUGCGCUUUCUCAUCGAGAACUGCGCCGCCGUGCUGGGCGACGACGUCACCUCGCUGUUUUCCAAUUUCAGCCCGAAGGGUGGCGGCAGCGAGCACAGCUCCGACACGUCGUCGUUCCAAAUGAACGACUCGUCGUACGACAGCUUGGAGAACGAGCUGAACGAUGAGCCCGAGUCUCCGUGCCGGGACCAGCUGCCCCUGCGCGACAAGCCCGACAGCCGCAGCCGCGACUCGGUCCUCACGCUCAGCGACUGCGAGCCCGACGCCGAGAGCCGCGUCGACGACCUCCUGCUGCAGCUGCCGCCGCUGGCCCGUCCGCGCCGCUUCAGCCCGGCCGCCCGCCAGCCCCGCGUCCGCCACGCCAACGGGGUGUCCUCGCAGGGCGCCGCGUGGAGGUUGAGGCGGAGCUCGGAGCCCGCCUUGGCUGCCCCGGCGGGGGGGCGCCUCCCGCUACGCAAGGCCAGCUACGAUGCCGCCAUGGAGGGCGAGGAGGAAGAAGAGGAGGAGUUCCUGGAGAAGGAGCUAAACGGGCUCCACUUGAAUUCGGAGCAGGACCAGAACAGCGGUCGGCGGAAGAGCAAGCAAGCCCCCCCGCCCCCGCUGCGCCUGGAUGCCAGUUGCUCCAGCCUCUCCUCCCCGGCCACCUCCCCCACCUGCUCUUCGCUCAGCUCCUUAGAUUCGGCUUUCUCGCAGUACUCCACUGAUUACGGCGCCAUCCCGCCAGGAGGGGACGCCCCACUCCGCUCCCCGCGGUGCUCGCCGCCGCAGAAGGACCCCCGCCCCGGCGCCCACCCCAACACGUGGAUCAAGAAGGAGCAGCGCCUGUCCCUGAAGCAGCCGCUUAACGGACAACAUGCAACCGAGCACUCGCCGCCGUCCACCGGGACCCAAAACGGGACGCCCGACCGGCGUUCCAGCAGUCCUCCGUCCUACCAGCAGGCGCUGCUGCAAUUACAACGCACCCCCCCCUUCUACAAGGGGGCCGACAAACCCCUGACGGUGCGAGAGCUCAGGCUCCUCCACGACGCACCUCCCGCCGGAACUGACACUGUCCAGCCCCCGACGGGCGUCUUCUAUGGACAAGGUGCCACCACUCUCGUACUUAAACGCCACAAGGCCCACUCCCUGACGCCGCCCGUCCAGAGCCGGACGCUCCCCCGCCGCCGCUCCGAACCCGUCUGCCGCCCCUCCAAAACGGCCACCGCGGACAGACCCCGGGCCUCCCCGAGGGUGUCGGACGGCGAGUCCCUGUCGCCCUCUGCCGACCGCACCGUGCGGGAGUACUUUUCCACCACCGGAGACGCGGCGGGCUGCGUGCGGCGCACCCAGGAGGUGGCGCUGGCCAUCGCGCAGGCCAAGAGGGAGUGGCACAGUCGGCAGUGCAGUGAGCCGCGAUUGGACGAUUUCGACCAGCUCUUCUUCGCCGAAGAGUCGUACGUGUAACCGUCAACUUUGUACAUACGCACUUUUUACUCGCUUUUUUUAUUUUUUUUUUUGCAUUACUCACUUUUGUCUACGCGGUGUGUUUACGGUACCAGGGUGGGAGACUUCUCGUAUUUUUAAAAAGGUACCACUUCCUGCGUACCGCCACAAUAAGAGGUCGUUUUGGUUCCGCUGAAACAAACAGAAGUCACUCGGAUGUGGAAAAAAAAAGGCACCGUAUGGAGAAGGAAGCUGGGAUUGAUGCACUUCCUAGUGCGGUCUAUGUUCUGCCACAAUAAGAGAAUUUGAAGUCACAUCCUGCCAAAUUAAGAGCAUCACAGAGGCGACCUUCACUUUUUUUCUAUCAAGAAAAAUAUUUAAAAAAAAAAAAAAAAGAGAGAGAGAGAGAGAGAAUUCACACAAAAGUGACAAAAAGAGGCACCAUACUUGUGAGCUGACAUACAUAUUCACUUCCUGGGCGCCAAAAUAGGAGCAUUCACAUUCCGCCAAACUAAGAGCAUGACAGGGGAAACAUUAUGGAUUCCUCCAUUUGUUGAUCCACUACAAAUAAGAGCAAGAACAUCCUGUCAAAAUAAGAGUGGAAUAAUAAUCACUCAGAGAACUUGUUUUAGGAACCUUGUCCACAUGCUCGGAAUUUCAGCCUUUUCGUAAAUAUUCUCUGAUUUUUGUAGUCCGACGCGAAAGCAAACAGAUUAUGUUUUGUUUUUAAUCAAAAUAAGACAUUUUGAAACUUAUCUGAUUUUAAUUUGAAAAACAAUGAUCGGGUACAAUUUUGGGGGCGGAUGUUACGGACCAAAACAUCAACAAUCGAUUUGUGUUUGGGCUUUUUCUGGACUGUCAAAUUGAAAGAAUGUCCUGUUUAUGAAUUUUUUUU